ACGCAUGCGCAGCUGAGGCGCGAGGAGCGCGGCCCGGAAAAGCCGGCGGAGCUCCCGGUGCGGCUCGUGGUUCGCGGCUCGUAGCUCGGAAUGCCUCUGCGCGGUCCGGGGCGCGCACUGCCGGCCAUGGGGCCGCCGCGGGAGUGAGCAGCGCGGCCCUCCCUGCGCUCAUCAUGACCUGCACCAUCGAGAAGAUCCUCACGGACGCGAAGACCCUUCUGGAGCGGCUGAAGGAGCACGACACCGCAGCCGAGUCGCUCAUCGAUCAGUCCGCCGUCCUGCAUCAGCGCGUGGCCGCUAUGAGGGAGGCGGGCGCGGCGCCGGUCGAGAAGGGCAGCGCGGCGGCGGCGCCCACAGCCGCUUCUCGGCGGGGCCGGAGCCUCCCGGCGGAUGGAGCGGACGGCUCUCGGCUGCGGCCGCACAUGUUGCUGUGCCAGGAGAACACGCAGAUCCGCGACCUGCGGCAGGAGAACCGCGCGCUGUGGAUCUCUCUGGAGGAGCACCAGGAUGCGUUAGAGCUGAUCAUGAGCAAGUACAGAAAGCAGAUGUUGCAGCUGUUGCAAGGGAGAAAAGGUGAAGAUGCGGAACCGGUCCUGAAAGUUCAUCAGGCCAACUCUGUGGAAUACAAAGCUGGAAAGACUUUGGAGAAACCUCUUCUACCAUGGUGGGAUAUACCAAGACUACUGUCUCCUUCUCUGGAGAUGUUCAAGUCUCACCUGGAUGCCGACCUGUGCGACCUGCUGUGGGGAACCUGCUUUGCAGGGGGGUUGGACUCGAUGAUCUCUAGAGGUCCCUUCCAACCCCUACAAUUCUGUGAUUCUGUGAAAUGCUAAGGCAAAAUCUUCUGUACUUCAUACUAAGUUUAUGAAUUCUUUCAUACUUUCACACACGACUUCAGAGAACAGACACCACCUUUUAAUAUCUUUUGAUAUUUGACAUUCUUAUUUAACCAUCUUUCUGUUUGACAGACACAUCAUUCUCAGAUGAUGUAAACUUGUUCCUCCAGCUCUCUAGGUACUCUGAUCUGCUUACAUGUUCGCUCAAUAUUGGAAUUCAAAACUGGGUUCUCUUCUAAGGUGGCACAUCUGUCUUCCACAGGCAGAGCAGAGUAACUGUGGGCAUUUAUUGAGAGGAAACCACACCCCAUAAAACUGUGACAUUUCCCACAGUGCCUUGUGAUAUCAUAUUAUGUUGUAAUAAAUGCUUCAGAGGCUUCUAAAUCCUUGUUUUACAACUCUUUGUGAAUGGCUGAUAUGUUUGUGUUCACAUGCAUGAGUUCCUCCCUACGAAUGUUAUUUUGGAAAUGGAAUGUUCUUCAGAUAAGAACUAACGUUGUGUUACGUGUUGGAAUAGUUCUGUGUGAAUUAUACACUUAUUUCUGAGCUUUAAAAAGAAAAAAAGGCAACUACCAAAGGACUGGGAGUAUUUCUAGACAGACUCUGUUGGAAACUAAUGCAGGAGAUACCAGUCGUCUUUGUUGUUCAGUGGUUUUGUUUUUGGUUUGUUGUUUUAUUCAGUGUUAAAGUUUUACUUGCAUGUGUGUCAGAUGUUCUUAUAAAUCCAGUCAAGCUUUUCUAGCAAGGCAGUGUAGAAAUUGCCGUAUACUAAUUGUAUUCACUUGAGCAGGAAUCUGAUCUCUUAGUCCUUGUCAUACUUGAAAUGAUUUCCAUGUGUGUGAAGGUGCAGCACUGACUGUUCUGCUCACUGUUUUCACUGAUGGCUGAUGAUAGUGGACAGUAAGGUACAUGAUGCUAUCUUAAAAUGUUGCAUAAGCAGGGAGGAUUGCGAGUGGUUGGGAGAAAAAUAUUAAAAUUCAAAAUAGGAAAGUAGUCCAGAAUUAAUGAGAUGAAAGUAAAUGAUUCAUAAGGAAUAUAUUGCUACUGCUUUUGCCUGAAUGUAUUAACUGUGGUUUUUUUUCCAUGUCUUUCAGGAAAUUGAAGGUCAAAUAGAUAGAAUAUGUGAGAUGGGUGAAGUGAUGAGAAAA